GCCUCCGCGGCUGCCGCCCGUGAACGGUUGGGAUUUGAAUCUGCCGCGGGUUGCAGCCGGAAGUAUCGAUCCUUCAGCCAGGCAUGGAGAUCUCCUGCCCCGGUGCGCGGUGCCCGGUGCAAGAGCAGCGUGCCCGCUGGGAGCGGAAACGCGCCUGCACCGCCCGGGAGCUGCUAGAGACCGAGCGGCGCUACCAAGAACAGCUGGGGCUGGUGGCCACGUACUUUUUGGGGAUCCUGAAAGCCAAGGGGACCCUGCGACCACCUGAGCGCCAGGCCCUGUUUGGCUCCUGGGAGCUCAUCUACGGCGCCAGCCAGGAGCUGCUUCCCUACCUGGAAGGAGGAUGCUGGGGCCAAGGGCUGGAGGGCUUCUGCCGCCACUUGGAGCUCUAUAACCAAUUUGCUGCCAACUCAGAGAGGUCCCAGACCACCCUGCAGGAGCAGCUAAAGAAAAAUAAAGGUUUCCGGAGGUUUGUACGGCUUCAGGAAGGCCGCCCUGAGUUUGGGGGCCUUCAGCUCCAGGACCUGCUCCCUCUGCCUCUGCAGCGGCUCCAGCAGUAUGAGAAUCUCGUUGUUGCUUUGGCUGAAAACACAGGUCCCAACAGCCCUGACCAUCAACAGCUCACACGCGCUGCCCGACUGAUAAGUGAGACUGCCCAGAGAGUCCACACUAUUGGUCAGAAACAGAAGAAUGACCAGCACCUUCGGCGUGUCCAGGCUCUGCUCAGUGGACGUCAGGCAAAGGGGCUGACCUCAGGGCGCUGGUUCCUACGCCAGGGCUGGCUGUUGGUGGUGCCUCCCCAUGGGGAGCCUCGGCCCCGCAUGUUCUUCCUCUUCACUGAUGUGCUCCUCAUGGCCAAGCCUCGACCUCCACUGCACCUGCUGCGGAGUGGCACCUUUGCCUGCAAGGCCCUCUACCCCAUGACCCAGUGUCAUCUCAGCAGGGUCUUUGGCCACUCAGGAGGCCCUUGUGGUGGGUUGCUCAGUCUCCAUGGAAACAGCAAGGGCUUCAGCUUUGGCCUGGACCUUUCUGAGCCAUGCGCUAAGAGGUGGUCUCUCUCUAGCUGUCCUUCCCUCAUGAGAAGCUACUGCUUAUGUCCACAGACCAGGAGGAGCUGUCACGCUGGUACCACAGUCUGACUUGGGCUAUCAGCAGCCAGAAAAACUAGAGGAAUCUUACAGAUUCCAGAACUCAGGAUACCUCAGGGAUAGGUCACAGCCAGGAGUACAAAGGAAAUCUUCUUCAGUACUGAACAGAACAGAACCCUUCAUGAUUUGACAAAAGUCACUUUGUGUUUGCCUGGACCAAGCUACUCCAGAUCAUCUGACCAACUCUUAAAAAUCACGGCCAGGCACAGUGGCUCAUGCCUGUAAUUCCAGCACUUUGGGAAGCAGAGGUGGGAGGAUCCUUCGAGCCCAGGAGUUCAAGACCAGCCUGGGCAACACAGUGAGUGAGAUCCUGUCUCUAUUUAAGAAAAAAUAAUUAAGAAAUUUUAUUAAAAAAGGAGAAUCAGGAAACCAAGUCCAACCCAACUGAACCUCAACCGAACCAGCCCCUAACACAGAUGAGGGGAUUUGGGACUGAUAAGCUCUGUGCUGUGUCCAUGGCCCGUCAUUUAUCAAGGUUGCAGCUUUGUAAAUGUGGCUAUUUUUAUGUUGUGUAUAGUUUCUAUCAUUUAUUUUUCCACUGGAUUUGAGUAAAGUCUUUUUCUUUUUUUUUUGGGAAA